UUGGUUGGUGAAAAUUUUUAGUCUAAUCUGAGUCUUGUUGCGCUCGCUUCUGGCACUUCAAACCGGUGAAAUUGACUCAAAAUUAACAGGGCCCCCUCUAUGAUUUCUUUCACAGCUGGGAACAUGGUUGUCGUGUGAAAACAUACCGGUGUAACUUGGGUUGGAAGGACAGACAGAGCCCUAAAGCCUGUUUCAGGUGUCAGCUGGUAAACCUUGUGCGUGCGUGUGAGAGUGUGUGGGUGUGUGACAGAGAGAGUGUGUGUGCUUGCAGGCACGUGUGUUUUCCCGGUCCAGUCAGUAUUUGGAGCGGAGCGUGGCCUGAACUCAUCACAGAGGGACAAUGAGUGAGCUGGAACAGUUGCGGCAGGAAGCUGAGCAACUACGCAACCAGAUCCGGGAUGCCAGGAAAGUUUGCAGUGACUCAACCCUGUCACAGAUCACAGCUGGUCUGGACUCAGUGGGCCGGAUACAGAUGCGGACACGACGCACCCUUAGGGGCCACCUGGCCAAGAUCUAUGCAAUGCACUGGGGGAGCGACUCCAGGUUACUUGUCAGUGCCUCACAAGAUGGAAAGCUAAUUAUCUGGGACAGCUACACGACAAAUAAGAUGCAUGCCAUCCCUCUUCGCUCUUCAUGGGUAAUGACGUGCGCCUACGCCCCCUCUGGGAACUAUGUGGCCUGUGGGGGGCUGGACAACAUCUGUUCCAUUUACAGUCUAAAGACCCGAGAGGGUAAUGUGCGGGUCACCCGAGAGCUUCCAGGACACACAGGUUAUUUGUCCUGCUGUCGUUUUCUGGAUGACAACCAGAUCCUGACCAGCUCUGGAGACACCACCUGUGCUUUGUGGGACAUUGAGACUGGGCAGCAGGCCACCAGCUUCACAGGCCACACAGGGGACGUGAUGAGUUUGUCUCUUAGCCCAGAUUUUAAAACCUUUGUGUCUGGAGCCUGUGACGCCACAUCCAAGCUGUGGGAUAUCCGUGAUGGCAUGUGCAGGCAAUCCUUCACCGGCCACGUGUCUGACAUUAACGCUGUCGCCUUUUUCCCUAAUGGAAACGCCUUCGGUACAGGCUCAGAUGAUGCCACCUGCAGGCUUUUUGACCUGAGAGCUGACCAGGAGCUGAUGAUGUACAGCCAUGACAACAUCAUUUGUGGCAUCACCUCAGUUGCUUUCUCCAAAAGUGGCCGACUACUCCUAGCAGGCUACGAUGACUUCAACUGCAAUGUCUGGGACACUCUGAAAGGCGAGCGUGCAGGUGUGCUAGCUGGCCACGACAACAGAGUGAGCUGCUUAGGUGUGACAGAGGAUGGCAUGGCUGUGGCCACCGGCUCCUGGGACAGUUUCCUCCGGAUUUGGAACUAAAACAGACCUCCUCCCUGUUGUACUCAAUCACUGCCUGCCUACUUCCCUGCCCACAACUCACCCCACAUAUCCCAACUCAUCGGCUGGGCUGGACUUUUUGGUGCACACUGUGUCGGCCCAAAUCCUCCUGCUCACCCCGACCAGCCCACCUGUGAGAAAGUAACAGCUCUUUCUACCUUUCCAAGUGACGUUUUUUCACCUAGCUAUAACAAAGAAAGAAAAUUUUGAGCCUCUAGGAGUUUCCAAUCAAAAUCAGCCUGAGUUAUGAAAAACUGAAGGAAAAAUUUAAUAUUUUAUCCCAAUACCAAUUUUUGUAGUAAGAGAUAAAAAAAAAACUUAACAUGACAACAAGCAAGAUGACCAUUGGUGUUUCAUAUGUAAAUGUAAAUAUAAAGACAGUAUAUAUGUAUAGCAUUAUGUGUGUAUAUAUGCAUCAUAUAUGCAUAUAUAAUGUGUAUGUAUAUAUUUUUGUAGUUAAUUUCCCACCCUUGUGUUUUUUUUAAUGAUUUUAGGGAUGUUUUUUUUGUUGUAAAUGUACAUAUUCACCUUUCUUUAAAACAUAGUGCCAGAAGCUUUUAUGAGAUUCUGCAUUAGUAUCACAUUGAGUGCCACUUUUAUAAUUCAGUGAAGGCAAUGUAUCAAAAUGACCUCUGAUUUAGUUUAGCUUUCUCAUUCAGCUACAAAGAAGGGUGUUACAAGUAAGAAAAAGGUUUUGCAGGGUUAUUAUCUGACCCAGCUGAUCUCACAUUCCUCAGAUGUAUGUCUGUGUGUGUUUCAUGUCACAGACAGUGACAUGAAACCCAUUUAUCCUGAUUUUAAAAAUGAUGCCCUACCCUAUAUGAAUGAUAGCUGUGAUGGUAUUAUUUUAACAAGACCCCUGGCUUUUCUCACCACAGUAUUUUUUGUCUGGACAAACAGUGAUUAGUGAGAGAGCUUCAACAUCAACAAGCAGUGCUUUAAAGGGAUACUUCAACAUUUUGGCAAAUUCGCCCAUUGCCAUAAUUCC